CGCCCGGGCGCGGCCACUCCGCACCGAGCCGGGGCCGCUCCGGGACCGCCGGCACCGGCACCGGCACCGGCACCAGCGCCGGGCAUGGCCCGCUGAGCCCGCAGGCCGGGAGGUGACACCGGAGCCGCCGCGAGGUUCCCGAGCGAGGCCGAGGAUUCCUGGCACCGGCACCGGCACCGGGACCCCGCCGAGAUGGAGCGCGAGGAGCCCACGCGCGAGAUCCUGCUGCCCAACUGGCAGGGCAGCGGCUCCCACGGCAUCACCAUCGCCCAGACCGACCACGGCGUCUUCGUGCGCCGCGUGCAGCAGAACUCGCCCGCCGCGCGCAUGGGCGUGGUGCAGGAAGGGGAUCAGAUCGUCAGCGCCACCGUCUACUUCGACAAGCUGCAGUCGGGGGAGGCGGCGCAGCUGCUGCAGAGCAUGGGGCAGCACACGCUGGGGCUGCGGCUGCAGCGCCGCGGCGACCGCUCGCCCACGGCCACGGCCGCGCACGGCGGCGGCCAGCUCGGACACGACUGCGGCCAGCUGGCCUUGGUGCCCGGCAGCCCCGAGGUCGUGCUGAGCGGCGAUGACGAGGAGUACCAGCGCAUCUACACCACCAAAAUCAAACCGCGCCUCAAGUCCGAGGAGGGCCCCGAGGCCGAGGCCACGCAGAGCAGAACCAUCACGGUCACCCGCAAGGUCACCGCCUACACCGUGGACGUCACCAGCCACGACGGCGACCUCGGCGUCCUCGGCGUCCCCGUGCCCCCGCCGGGGGUCCUGCCCGGCGCGCCCGAGGGGCUCCACGUGCGGACGGAGCCCCAGAGCCAAAUUCCUGCUGGAGAAACUGGAAAAUCGCUGCCGGGCUGGAAGGGCUCCGGCGCCUUCCCGGCGCCGCCCCGCGUCGAGGCCAAUGGACAGUUUGGAGAGCUGGACGGGUCCUUGCGCGUGUCCGGCGGGGCUCCGUGUCCGCAGGGAGAGGUCAGCGGCUCCUCGCCCCCCGUGGACGUGGGGACAAUCAAGAUCCCGACGUUAAAAAUCCCCAAAUUCGGGUUCCAGGCCGGCGGCGAAGCUGCGGCCCCGCAGGUGGGCGUUGGCAUGGACGUCACCUGCUCGCCUGUGCCGGACGUUUCGUCCCCGUCUGGCAAAGCCGCGGUGCCGCAGGUGGACGUGGCAGCCAAAGGUGCCACCAAGGUCCCCUCCCCUCCUCUGGACGUCCCCGGCGUGGAGGUCGCGGCCCCGGACGGCGCCAAGGGGAAAAUCAAAAUCCCGCACUUGACCUUCCCCAAAUUCACCGCCCAGGCCGACGGCGGCGCCGCGGAUGUCCCCAAGGGCGUGGCCGUGCCCGAGGUGGCCCUGGAAGGAGAAUGGAAAGGCCCCGCCUUCAAGAAGGUGGAAACGCCCCAAAUUUCGCUGUCGGACGUGAACCUGAACCUGAAGGGCCCCAGAGGGGAAGGGGAGCUCAAAGGACUCGGCCCCAAGGGGCUCCAGGUGGACGUGAAGUGUCCCCAGGUGGACGUGGCCGGGCCAGGGGGUGGCCUGAAGGGCGUGGAGAUGGACGCUGGCCUCAAGGGAGGAGUGGACGUGUCCGUGCCGACCGUGGGGGGCGAAUUCAGGGGGCCCCAACUGGACCUUAAAGGGCCCCAAAUCGGGGUGGAGGUGCCCGGAGCGGACAUCAAGGGCCCCGCGGUGACGGUGCCCGAGGUGAGCGUCAGGACCCCCCAAAUCUCCGUGCCCGACGUCGACCUGAGCCUGAAAGGACCUGGAGUGAAGGGAGAUCUGGACGUUUCCGCCCCAAAACUGGAAGGGGAGCUGCAGACCCCCGGGCUGGACAUCAAAGGCCCCAAAGUCGAGGUUGAAGCCCCAGAUUUGAACGUCCAAGGCCCCGAGGGCAAACUGAGGUUCCCCAAGCUGAAAAUGCCCAAAUUUGGGGUGAAGGGAGAGACCCCCAGCGUUGACGUGACCCUUCCCAAAGCGGGGGUGGACGUCUCCUGCCCCAAGGUGGACGUCAGCGUCCCAAGCGUGGACAUCAAGGGCCCCAAAGUGGACGUUGAAGCACCCGAAGUGGACGUCCACGGCCCCGAGGGCAAAUUCAAGAUGCCCAAGUUCAAAAUGCCCAAAUUUGGGAUGCCCGGGGUCAAAGCUGAAGGUCCAGAGCUGGACGUGAACCUCCCCAAGGGCGGCGUGGAGGUGUCCGGCCCCAAGGUGGACAUUGAGGCGCCGAGUUUGGACAUCCAGGGGCCCGAAAUGCACCUCAAGGCCCCCAAAAUCUCCGUGCCGGACGUGGACCUGACCCUGAACGGUGCCAAGGCCAGCGGCGACCUGGACGUGUCCGUGCCGGGUUUGAAGGGCCCCGAGCUGGACAUCAAAGGCCCCAAAGUCGAGGUUGAAGCCCCAGAUUUGAACGUCCAAGGCCCUGAGGGCAAACUGAAGUUCCCCAAGCUGAAAAUGCCCAAAUUUGGGGUGAAGGGAGAGAGCCCCGAGCUCGAGGUGGCCCUUCCCAAGGGCGGAGUGGACAUUUCGGGUCCCGGCGUCGCCGUCGAGGUCCCCGGCGUGGAGCUGAAGGGCCCCAAGGUGAAGGUGCCCGAGGUGAGCGUCAAAACCCCCCAGAUCUCCAUGCCCGACAUCGACCUGAACCUCAAAGGGCCCAAAGUCAAGGCGGAUUUGGACGUUUCUGCCCCAAAACUGGAAGGGGAGCUGCAGACCCCCGGGCUGGACAUCAAAGGCCCCAAAGUCGAGGUUGAAGCCCCAGAUUUGAACGUCCAAGGCCCCGAGGGCAAGCUGAAGUUCCCCAAGAUGAAAAUGCCCAAAUUUGGGGUGAAGGGAGAGAGCCCCGAGCUGGAGGUGACGCUGCCCAAGGGGGAGGUGGACAUUUGUGCCCCCAAGGUGGACAUCGACGUCCCGAGCGUGGACGUGGAGGGGCCGGAGGUCAAAGGGAAGGGCCUCAAGUUCAAAAUGCCCGAACUCAACGUGCAGACCCCAAAACUCUCCAUGCCAGACGUGGAUCUGGGCUUGAAGGCCCCGAAACUGAAAGGGGACGUCGGAAUUUCUGGGCUGAAGGGCCCGAAAGUCGACGUGAAAGGCCCCAAGCUGGAUGUGGAAGGUGCCAAAAUCGACGUGAAGGGUCCCAAGUUGGAUGUGGAAGGUCCCAGGUUGGAUGUGGAAGGUCCCAAGUUGGAUGUUGACGUGCCCGAGGUGGACUUGGAAUGUCCAGAAGGAAAGAUGAAAGGCCCCAAAUUCAAGAUGCCGAAACUCAACAUCAAAUCCCCCAAAAUCUCGAUGCCGGACGUGGAUUUGAACCUGAAGGGACCCAAAGUGAAGGGAGAUGUGGACGUGUCCCUCCCCAAGGUGGAAGGUGACAUCAAGGGGCCCAAGGUGGACGUGGAGGUCCCGGACGUCCACCUGGAGGGUCCAGAGGCCAAACUGAAAAUGCCCAAAAUGAAAUUGCCUCACUUCAACGUGUCCGGCCCCAAAAUGGAGGGCGCCGAGGUGGACGUGACCCUGCCCAAAGGAGAGGUGGACAUCUCCGGGCCGGAGGUGGACGUUGAGGGGCCGGAGGUGGACGUUGGAGGAGCGGAAGGGAAAUGGAAAGGUCCCAAAUUCCGGAUGCCGAAGCUGAACAUCAAACCCCACAAAAUCUCGAUGCCGGACGUGGAUUUGAACCUGAAGGGACCCAAAGUGAAGGGAGAUGUGGACGUGUCCCUCCCCAAGGUGGAAGGGGAGUUGAAAGCUCCAGAAGUGGACAUCAAAGGGCCAAAAGUGGACGUGGAGGUGCCCGGCGUGGAUUUGGAGGGUCCCGAGGGGAAGAUCAAAGGCCCCAAGUUCAAGAUGCCCGAGAUGCACAUCAACACCCAGAAGAUCUCCAUGCCCGACGUGGACAUCAACCUCAAAGGCCCCAAGGUCAAGGGCAACGUGGACGUGUCCCUUCCAAAGCUGGAGGGUGACCUGAAGGGCCCCGAAAUCGACAUCAAGGGCCCCAAAGUGGACAUUGAAGCACCUGAUGUGGACAUUCAUGGACCAGAGGGGAAAUUCAAGAUGCCCAAGUUCAAAAUGCCCAAAUUUGGGAUGAAAGGAGAAGGCCCCGAGGUGGACGUGAACCUCCCAAAAGGAGACCUGGAUGUGUCCGGCCCCAAGGUGGACGUUGAGAUGCCGAGUGUGGACAUUGAGUGCCCAGAGGGGAAGAUCAAAGGCCCCAAGUUCAAGAUGCCCGAGAUGAACAUCAAGGCCCCCAAGAUCUCCAUGCCCGACAUCGACCUGCACCUGAAAGGCCCCAAGGUCAAGGGGGGUGUGGAUGUCUCUGUCCCCAAGCUGGAGGGCGACCUGAAAGGUCCGGAUGUGAACAUUAAAGGUCCGAAGGUGGAUGUGGACGUUCCUGACGUGGAUGUUGAAGGUCCCGAGGGGAAGUGGAAGGGACCCAAGUUCAAGAUGCCAGAGAUGAACAUCAAGGCGCCGAAAUUUUCCCUGCCUGAUGUCGACUUGAACCUGAAAGGUCCCAAACUGAAGGGAGACGUGGGCGUGUCUGCCCCAAAAAUAGAAGGUGACGUGAAAGUGCCGGAUGUGGAGUUGAAAGGACCCAAAGUGGACGUGGAUGUCCCCGACAUCGAGCUGGAGGGCCCCGAGGGGAAGAUCAAAGGCCCCAAGUUCAAGAUGCCCGAGAUGCACAUCAAGGCCCCCAAGAUCUCCAUGCCCGACUUUGAUCUGAACCUGAAGGGCCCCAAAGUGAAGGGAGACGUGGAUGUCUCGGUCCCUAAACUGGAAGGAGACCUGAAGGGGCCUGACCUGGACAUCAAGGGCCCCAAAGUGGACAUUGAAGCACCUGAUGUGGACAUUCAUGGACCAGAGGGGAAAUUCAAGAUGCCCAAGUUCAAAAUGCCCAAAUUUGGGAUGAAAGGAGAAGGCCCCGAGGUGGACGUGAACCUCCCAAAAGGAGACCUGGAUGUGUCCGGCCCCAAGGUGGACGUUGAGAUGCCGAGUGUGGACAUUGAGUGCCCAGAGGGGAAGAUCAAAGGCCCCAAGUUCAAGAUGCCCGAGAUGAACAUCAAGGCCCCCAAGAUCUCCAUGCCCGACAUCGACCUGCACCUGAAAGGCCCCAAGGUCAAGGGGGGUGUGGAUGUCUCUGUCCCCAAGCUGGAGGGCGACCUGAAAGGUCCGGAUGUGAACAUUAAAGGUCCGAAGGUGGAUGUGGACGUUCCUGACGUGGAUGUUGAAGGUCCCGAGGGGAAGUGGAAGGGACCCAAGUUCAAGAUGCCAGAGAUGAACAUCAAGGCGCCGAAAUUUUCCCUGCCUGAUGUCGACUUGAACCUGAAAGGUCCCAAACUGAAGGGAGACGUGGGCGUGUCUGCCCCAAAAAUAGAAGGUGACGUGAAAGUGCCGGAUGUGGAGUUGAAAGGACCCAAAGUGGACGUGGAUGUCCCCGACAUCGAGCUGGAGGGCCCCGAGGGGAAGAUCAAA